UAUCUAUCUAUCUAUCGUUCUAUUGUUCUAUCUUCUAUCAUUCUAUCUAUCGUUCUAUCAUCUGUCUGUCUAUCUAAUCUGUCUGUCUAAACAUUUUAAUUGCAAAUAAUAUGAUCAUCAUAAUAAUUUGAGUGAAAAGGUACCUGUUGGUUGGCAGUUAUGUUAUUGUCUAUUGUUGUAAUAUUGUUUUUGCUUUUUUCGGUACUUUCAGUGAUUGCAUUCAUUUAAAAUACUAAAAAAAUGCAUAUCCAGUAAUGGUGAAAUUAGGCAUUAUGAGAACUAGCUAAUAUUUGCUCUGUUACAUUACUGAACAUACAUUACGUUCAGCAUUACAUACAGUGGUUUAAUAGUAAUAUCAUUAAAAUUGCAGGCUUAACACGAAAAUAUAAAUGAGGCAUUCACACAGCUGCGUCUCUCUCACACAGUUUGGAAGUAAUUGAAAUGACAAUAGACUAUUGUACGUGGUGAACAAAUAAUUUGGAGAAGUCAGUCAGCAGAAGCAGAAUAGCCAUUUUCUUUCUGGAACAAACAUGUCACAACAUUCCUCAUUUCAAUAAUUCCUGGCCAAGGCACAUCAAAAUAAAGGAGCAAGGCCUAGUUAGUAGUGUGUUGAAACUUACGGUUAUGGUAAGGGGUGUGACAUUUCUCAAACACGCUCGAAGCAGUUGACCAAACACAACACACUGGUCCAGCUCACCAAUCAGAGCACACUGUGCUUUUCAGAAGGAGGGGCUGUCAGAGCGCUACUGACAGACUGGGAAAAGAGGUGCUGCAAUAAUGUCAAAUAUGGGAAAAUGUUUUGAAAACCUAUUCUUGUAGAGCCCAAACACAAAAUCAAGACUUUUUAAAAGGGCAUAGUAAUGCAUCUUUUACACUUUCAUUCAUUUUGAAAAAUGACAAAAGGCUAUUUUUAGAGUUAGAAUAUUAUUAUAUAUUAGGCUAUAUUGAGAACAAGUGUGAAAGGGAAGUCCCUACAAAAGUAUGUGAGCAGUGUGUAUGCGAGUAUGUUCACUGAUGUCCUAUCUCACCCUCCAGAAAGGAACAGUCAUGCCCACCUCUUCCCUUUGUUCUCCCACAAAAAUAUCCCCACUGCCACACACACACACACUCUCACACACCAUCAACAGGUGCCUUCCAGGGCUGCCAUAGAGCCCAAACACAUUCCUUUCUCCCUCCCAUAAUUCUUUGGCCUCCCAACCAAUCACAGUCCUGCAUUUCAUAAGUCAGGUUGCAGGGAGGAGAAAAAUGAUGAGGUGACCAUGUCAGGGGUUGGUAGGAAAGGUUCGGCCCUGUCACCGGUAUCGAAAUUAACAGAAUCACAUCAGGCUGUCUGUAAGUGAGAGUACAGAGACUGUGGCCCAGGAUAUGCGAGUUUGUGCGAGCUUGUUAAGGUGUGUUUGUACAUGGUGCCAGUGGUGACAGCUGGUGCUAGCUGAAGGGACCAAACUGUGGAUAUACAGAUUGUACUUAAAAUGAAGACUCUGCUUUGGUUCUUGUUGUAUUGCUGGCUUCUAACUCUCACAGGGGCAUCUGAAGCUGAACGGAGGCUACUGGAGGAUUUGUUUCAGGAUUACAACCUGAAGGUGCGACCAGCACGUACCUGGAAUGAGCGAGUGAUGGUCCGAGUGGGAAUGACUUUAGUACAGCUCAUCAGCUUGAACGAGAAGAAUGAAGAGAUGACAACAAACGUGUUUAUGAAUAUGGAAUGGACUGACUACAGGUUAUCUUGGAAUCCUGUGGACUAUGACAGCAUUGAUGUUGUGCGAAUUCCUCCCCUAAAAGUUUGGCGUCCAGACAUCUACCUAAUCAACAAUAAUGAUGGUCAGUUUGACGUUGCCCUGUAUGUGAACGUGCUUGUGAGGAGCGAUGGAACCGUCUCCUGGUAUCCACCAGCCAUCUACCGCAGCUCCUGUUCCAUAGAGGUUGCAUACUUUCCAUUUGACUGGCAGAACUGCACAAUGGUGUUUCGUUCCUACACGUAUGAUUCCUCAGAAGUGGACCUUCAGUACGGUCUAGAUGAAGAUGGCAAUGAGCUCCAUGAGAUAGUUAUUGAUGAGAAUGCGUUCACUGAGAACGGUGAGUGGCAGAUUUGUCACAAGCCCAGCAGAAAGAACGUCCAGGAUGACUUGUAUGAGGACAUCACCUUCUACCUGAUCAUUGAGAGGAAGCCUCUUUUCUACAUCAUUAACAUCAUCGUGCCCUGCAUCCUCACCAGCGUGCUGGCCAUAUUUGUCUUCUAUCUGCCACCUGGUGCAGGUGAGAAGAUGACUCUGUCCAUCUCAGUCCUCAUUGCUCUCACUGUUUUCAUGCUGUUGUUGGCCGACAAAGUCCCAGAAACAUCACUUGGCAUUCCUAUCAUCGUUAAGUAUGUAAUGUUCACCAUGAUCCUGGUGACGUUCUCAGUCAUUCUUAGCGUGGUGGUUCUGAACCUCCACCACAGGACUCCCAGCACACACCACAUGCCCAAAUGGGUGCGAAAGGUUUUCAUCAACUUACUGCCUCGUUAUUUGGGUGUGCUGAGGCCCCAACCUGAGGAACCGGUAGAGGACGAGACAAAAGAAAGCAUCCCACUGGGUUAUUUGGACCAAAGCCUCAGACCUGGAGGUGAAUAUUUCAUCCGAAAGAUCAACCCAGAGCUGGUAAUGCCGUGGAGAGGAAGUCAUAAUGAGAGCACUGUGAAGUUGCAGAGGUUUUCAAACAGUGACAACUAUUGUCUGAUUCUGCCCCCGAAUCUCAAAUCUGCAAUCGCCGCUAUCACUUACAUGGCUGAUCAGUUGAAGAAACAGGAUGUGGACGAUACUAUGACAGAUGACUGGCAGUACAUUGCUGUGGUUUUGGAUCGUCUCUUCCUUUGGCUCUUUGUCAUCAUUACCACUCUGGGCACACUGGCCAUGUUUUUGGAUGCCAGUUUCAACUACACUCCUGACCAACCUUUUCCAUGAGCACAUCCCUUAAACAACAACCACACUCCUUUUCUGAACACACAACACAGCAAGACUGAUGUUUGUGUGGACUGACUCAAGGGGGCACCAGAGAAUCAUUUCUUUCUUUCUUUCUUUCUUUCUUUCUUUCUUUCUUUCUUUUUGUCCUUCCUUCUGCCUGUCCUUUUCUUUCUUUCUUUCUUUCUUUCUUUCUUUCUUUCUUUUUUCAUUUGUUCUUUCUUUCUUUCUUUCUUUCUUCCUUCCUUUUUUCCUUUUUUCCUUCCUUCCUAAAUUAAUGUUUCCAUGAUAUUUUGUUGAUGAUAUACAUGUUUCAAUAUAUUUAUUUUCAAAUUCUAGCUUAUAAUCAUUCAUUUUGUGCUCUUGUUAAUUAUUACAUACUGUAUUAAGUCAUUAUAUUUAAUAUACCUUUAAGAAUAUCUGUUUUGUUUUGUUUUUUAUUAUUCUUGGCAUAGUCUGAAUAGUCUGUUUUCUAUUUUUUUUUUUUAAUUAAUCCAGUGUUCAUAAAACAGAAAGAGUGUAAAUUGUUGCCUUUUUUAUUUCAUUGUUUUUUUGUCAUUUAUUUGUUGUUCAUUUUGAAAACAUAUCAUUUGAAAUUAAAUCUUAAAAAUUAUAAUCACAUGCAUUGAGAAUAAUCUGAAAGACAAUAUUUCUCUCAUUGUGUGCAGCUCUUUUCUGUCUGCCAGCAGUGGUUUGUUAAAUCCGUCCUGUCUCUGACUUGUCAUUGAGCCAUUAGGAAAUGAAGUCUGCUAACAGCCUGUCUAGCCACGGUAAAGUUAAUGAACUGAUGCCCAGUUGAUUCUAAACAACAUUACCUGAUAGUUGGCUGGCCCACCUCUUUCUUUCAUCCAGCACACACACACACACACACACACACACACACACACACAUUUAUUUCAUAUAUUAACUAACAUUGUUUUCCAUUUCUGAAAACAUGAACUACUUACUCUUGGAUAAUUAUGAGUUAAAGUGAGAUUUAAAACUCUGUAACAUCAUGUUUAGUACAAAUUUAAAAAAAUAAAUAAAUAAAAAACAGUGGUUUACAGUAGCUUUCAUUAGGUUAACAUUAAAUAACGUGUAUGUUGCUAGCUAAUUUUAUGCAAGUAUGCUAAUAUUUUUCAAGUCCAAAUCAAGUCCUGGAUCAUUUACUGUAGCAUGAAAUUAAAGUCAUUAUAUUUCUUUUACUGAGUCAUGGAAUUUAAAGUUAACAAAAUGAAAAUUAAAGUUUUUUUUUCCUG